UUAAGAUUUCUUUCCAGUCAACAUCCUCUCUCCCUUUCUCUUAUUCUUCAUCUUCAUUCCCUCGCCGCCCUCUCUUACCUUCUCCUCCUCCCUCUCUUCUUCCCUUUUAAACCCCCUCUCCACUCCUUGUUGGCUUUUUUAAACGACGGGCUGUUCGUUUUAUCGAAAUUGCCCAGCGACAUCUCCUCUGUUCUUGACCAGAGACCGCUGCCUGGGUCGUUCAGAGCAUGCCACAUUCUGAAAGCCCUCUUUUGGCACCAGUCAUGGCUGCCCCCGUCGCUGCCUCUAAAUCUUCCUUCUCCGGCGUCUCCCCCACUGUCGAUGAAAUCUCCAGCCUUUUGGUCACCAUUUUCGACGCCAAAGAAGCCCAAACAUCGCUUGACGCCUCUUAUGCCCUCACAAAUCUACUCAUUCAGUCCGUUGGCGUCCGGGGUCUCCUUGCCUACAACCUGAUCCCCGAGAUCAAGAAAGCAGCAGGCAACAAGAAACAAGAUGCCAAAAGACUCGGUGCUAUGUUCAUCGUCGGCGCUAUGUUCGAGCGUUUUCCACGAGAACAGCAUCUGAGCGAGGUCGUCUUUCUGGUUCGUGAUGGCGGACUGCUCAGCAUCGCCCUUGAUGCUCUCGCAGACAAAAACUCCUCCAUUCGCGAAUCUGCCCAGUAUGCCGUCGAUGAGCUGUACAAAAAUCUUGAGUCAGAAUCCCUCGUUAUUGGCAUGUUGCCUGCACUCCAAACAUACCUGUCCAAACCAACUGGCAAAUGGCAAGGUACUGUCGGCGCUUACACACUCAUGGGAAAGAUGGCCGAAAAGGCACAGAUGGGUACUGGCACCAAAGCCGAGGAAGAGGCUAAAGAUGUUUUGAGAGAAUCCAUGGGCAAGACAUUGAAAGAACUGAUUCCCAUUGUCGAGGGUGGCAUGCACGACCUCAAGGCCGAAGUCGCAAAAGUUGCUUUCAAAACCAUGACCUCGCUCACCACUCUUUUGCAGAAUGACGAUGUCGCCCCACGGAUACCGUUGUUGAUUGAUACAAUGAAGAACCCUUCGGCGCAAACUCUGCAAAAAGCGAUUCAUGCGCUAUCUCAAACCACCUUCGUCGCCAUUGUCACUUCUCCAGUCCUUGCACUCCUUACUCCUCUGCUUGAAAGAGCAUUGAACACCCCUUCCACCUCACAGGAGGUUCUCAGGCAGACCGUCGUUGUGGUGGAAAAUUUGACGAAGCUCGUUCACGACCCUGUCGAAGCCAGGACUUUUCUACCCAAAUUGCAGCCCGGUGUUCAAAAGGUCAGGGAUGGCGCCUCAUUGCCAGAGGUCCGCGAGCUGGGUGACCGUGCGGUGAACGUCAUGAAAAAGGCAAUGGGUGACGACAAGGAUGGUGUUACCAAUGGUCAAAUUGCCCCAACAACCACCGACGAUGUCCUCAAGGUCCUCGACAGCCAAAUCCGAGCUCAAGGUGGAAUCCAGAAGGAAGACAGCGCCAUCUGGAAAGAUGGGCAGACGUAUGUCUCCGAGAUGGUCCGAGAAGAUGUCAAUGCUCGCGUCUUUUCUCGAAUUCCUGCUCGAGUGGAACCAUAUCUUGUACAUCUCCUUCCCGAAUCACACCGCUCUGCUGUGGCUGAAGGAGUGCAAAAGUACUUCGUCGAUGAAGAUCACAAGAAAUAUGCCCCUGUCGUGCAAAACCCCGACGAGGUCGAGAUCGUCAACGCAGACUUCUCUCUUGCUUACGGUGGAAUGCUUUUGUUGUCUCACUCCAACCUUCGCCUUGUCAAGGGACGUCGCUAUGGCCUAUGUGGUCGCAACGGUGCUGGAAAAUCAACUCUGAUGCGCAGUAUCGCAGACGGCAAGCUAGAAGGGUUCCCAUCCAAGGACGUCCUUCGAACUUGUUUCGUCGAACACAAUCAAGGCGAAGAUGCAGAGAUCAGUAUCCUAGAGUUUGUUGAGAAGGAUCCCGAAAUUGCCAAGGAAGGUCGCGAAAGAAUUUCUCAGGUUCUCAGCGAGGUCGGCUUUACUGCUGGUCCUGAAGGUCGACAAUCCCACAAGGUUGGUUCUCUUUCUGGAGGAUGGAAGAUGAAGUUGGCUCUGGCACGAGCUAUGUUGAUGCGUGCCGAUGUCCUUCUACUCGACGAGCCUACCAAUCAUCUUGAUGUGGCCAACGUCAAAUGGUUGGAACAGUAUCUCCAGACCCACACCGAAAUCACCUCGCUCAUCGUCUCUCACGACUCAGGAUUCCUCGACGCCGUUUGCACCGACAUCCUGCACUACGAGCAGAAGAAGCUCGUCCACUAUCCUGGGAACCUGGCCGCUUUUGUCAAAGUCAAGCCCGAAGGGAAAAGCUACUACACUCUCUCGGCCACCCAGGUGCAAUUCAAGUUCCCCCCUCCAGGUAUUCUCUCGGGCGUCAAAUCGAACACCAGAGCGAUCAUUCGCAUGUCCAACUGCAGCUUCACAUACCCUGGAUCCUCGAAGCCCAGUUUGCAAGAUGUCUCUUGUCAAUUGACCCUAUCCUCCCGGGUUGCCAUCAUCGGAGCCAAUGGAGCCGGUAAAUCUACUCUCAUCAAGCUUUUGACUGGCGAAACCAUUCCUCAGACCGGAAAGGUGGAGAAGCAUCCCAAUCUGCGAAUUGGUUAUAUCAAGCAACACGCGCUAGAGCAUGUUGAAAUGCACAUGGAAAAGACGCCUAAUCAGUAUCUUCAAUGGCGCUACGCCAAUGGUGACGACCGAGAAGUCUUGAUGAAAGCCACUCGAGUGCUCACAGAUGAGGACAAGGCACAGAUGGAAAAAUGGAUCGACCUAGGUGAUGGUAAGGGUCCUCGACAGAUUGAAAAUCUCAUGGGUCGCCAGAAAUACAAGAAAACGUUCCAGUAUGAGGUCAAGUGGAAGAACAUGCUACCCAAGUUCAACAGCCAGGUUUCACGAGAAACUCUGCUUGAAUGGGGAUUCUCAAAGUUGAUUCAAGAAUUCGACGACCACGAAGCAUCGCGAGAAGGCCUUGGCUACCGAAUCCUGGAGCCCAAGGUGAUUUCGAAACACUUUGAAGACGUCGGACUGGAUCCCGAGAUUGCCAACCACAACGAGAUCUCUGGGUUGAGCGGUGGGCAGAAAGUAAAGGUGGUUCUUGCAGGUGCUAUGUGGAAUAACCCCCAUCUACUGGUCUUGGACGAACCGACCAACUUUUUGGAUCGAGACUCACUUGGAGGUCUAGCAGUGGCGAUCCGAGAUUAUAAAGGAGGUGUGGUGAUGAUCAGUCAUAACGAGGAGUUUGUCGGGGCGUUGUGCCCCGAGCAAUGGCAUGUGGCUGACGGCAGAGUUACCCAUAAGGGUCUGCUGGCGAUCGAUCUUAACAGGUUCGAGGAUUCGAGACCUGGGUCGAGCAACGUCAGCUCCGCCGUGUCAAGUGCCAAUGCUUCGGCGGUCAACUCUGGGGCUGAGGAUAACAGCGAAAUGAAGUUCCGUGCUAAGAAGAAGAAGAAGUUGACGCGUGCGCAAAUGAAGGAACGAGAAGUCAGGCGCAGGCUACGACACAUUGAAUGGCUGAACAGCCCCAAGGGAACUCCCCACCCCCCUGAUACCGACGACGAAGCAUAGAGAGGUUUCAAUACGUCCUUGGAACGAGGGCUGUGGUUAGACGGGUUUACGCAUGACAUAUGAUUGCAUGGAGUCAUGUUUCUUGACACGACCUAGAGCUCUUUGCACGAAGCAUGCAUAGUUGGAUGGCAAUGCAGAAAUGUUGCACGAAUCAUAGAGACGGCGUUGGAUUGGAUUUGCGAGUUGAUUCAGCAGAUGAUUUUCCGCACAAGAUGCGUUGACUGCUUACGGUAGAGUGCGUUUGGUCGUUAGAUUCAGUUAUUAGACAAGGAAAGAUUGGGAUUGGCAUUAGGGCGCCAUAGCAUAUCCAGUUCGAUACCAAAAGAUGGCAUUGGCCUUCAUAGGUCGCCACAUUCUCAGGUGUUGACUCGAGAUCUUGUCUUCCAAGCUGGCCAGAGUAAACAGGGAUAAAAAGUUGAGGGAGUCGAGAACGUUGAUUAUUC